AUGAAUAAAUCCAUAGCAAUUUUUCUUUUAGGUGUACAAUUUGCUGUAGUAAUUGGCCUAAAUGACAUUUUUCGAGGAAAGCUUCAUAGAUUUGCUGUUAAAAAUAAAACAAAUAUAGAACAAUUUAAUUUGUAUGUUGAAAACGAAGAAGAGGUGUAUGAUACGCAACAAAGUAACGAUGCUACCAAAGGCUGUGCAGCGGCCGCUUUGAUAAGGCACAACUUUUAUAGACAAAUACACGAAGUACCGCCAUUAGUAUUAAGUGAAAAGCUCAACGAAUAUAGUAAACGUAGGGCGGAUAGUUUGGCUAAUGAAAACACAAUAUAUCAUCACGUGCCUAACUAUACAUAUGGCGAAAAUGUUCUUUAUUUUCGAUCAUUAGAAGGCAUACAUGACCUCAGUUUUGUCGCAGUAGAAGAGUGGUACGAAGGAAUUGAGUAUUUUGAUUUUAACUGGGAAGAAGGAGUUAUGUCGGCAGCUUCCAGAGCCCAUGAGUUCACUCAGUUGAUUUGGAAAGAUACUAAAGAGUUGGGAGCAGGAGCAGCAAAGAGUGAAAACGGCGGUGUGUUUCUCGUGUGCUUAUACGACCCACCAGGAAAUAUAAUAGGCCAGUUUAUGAAGAAUGUUAAUCCCCCGACUGAAAGGUAA